GACCUGCUGGUGACAGGAGCCUUCGCCAUCCUGUGGCUGCUGUCCUCCUCUGCCUGGGGUAAAGGCCUGACUGACGUGAAGUGGGCCACCAGCCCCUCUAACCUGGUAGGCUUAAUCUCCACCUGCAAGGACGUCAGCAACAAGUGCACACCUGGAGCAGUGCCUCACAUGGGGCGACUCAACUCCUCUGUGGUAGGCUAUACGCAUCAUUAAUGUUGGUUAUAAUCUGCACCUCAAUUAAUUCCAUUUAAAUUCAAGGAAACUGCUUAAAUAAAAUAAAAAUAAAAUCUGUUUACUUCCUGGAUUUAAAUGAAAUUGAGCCUUACUUCACCUUAAGUCCUCUUUUAAAUACCGUGAUGCACGUAGCAACAUGUCAUUGAAAAAUGUAACUUACUAAGAAACAUGGUUUUUGUCCCCCUCUUAUGGCAGAUCUUUGGAUUCCUCAAUCUGAUAUUGUGGGGUGGCAACUGCUGGUUCAUCUUCAAGGAGACAUCCUUCCACAAGUCUGCCAACCCCCCUGCGGACGUAGAGGAACGGUCAGGGGUCAGGCCCCUGCCUUCCUAA